CGGGGCUUUUUGGAGAUUCUGUCUUGACACUUUCAAGCCCAACAGGCUUUAGUUUAGCUCACUGUCGCUUGUAUCUGCGCUGAGGGCCGAAUGUCUCCAGCGGUUCCAUAGUUUCCUAAAACAUCAGGUAUGAUGGGUCCGGCUGUGCGGGGAGCCCUUUAAUGGGCUGGAAACAGCAGCUAAACCCCCACAAAUCCAGGAUCCAGCCGCGUCCUGCGCGUCACAGCCGCCUGGAAAUAUGGGAAUGUUUUCCUGCAGUUGUGGAUUUUAGGCCGAGCAGAGGAGACACACACACGCUGCUUCCAUGUCCAUGAGGAGGCGAUGAGACACCUGCACUGACUGACCGCGGCCGGACAACAACCAGACAACAUGAAGGAGAAAUCUAAAAAUGCUGCCCGGACUCGGCGGGAAAAGGAGAACAGUGAGUUUUAUGAACUGGCCAAACUGUUGCCGCUGCCCUCCGCCAUCACCUCCCAGCUGGAUAAAGCCUCCAUCAUCCGACUCACAACAAGCUACCUGAAAAUGAGAAUAGUCUUUCCUGAAGGCCUCGGGGAGUCCUGGGGUCAUGUGAGCCGCAGCAGUUCUCUGGAUGGGGUCAGCCAGGAAUUAGGCUCCCACCUCUUACAGACAUUAGACGGCUUCAUUUUUGUGGUUGCUCCAGACGGGAAAAUAAUGUACAUAUCAGAGACGGCCUCAGUCCACUUGGGCCUGUCACAGGUAGAGUUGACGGGAAACAGCAUUUAUGAAUACAUCCAUCCAGCAGACCACGAUGAAAUGACAGCUGUCCUCACUGCACACCAGCCGUACCAUUCACACUUCGUUCAAGAAUAUGAGAUGGAACGCUCCUUCUUUCUGAGAAUGAAAUGUGUCCUUGCUAAAAGAAACGCUGGUCUCACCUGUGGAGGCUACAAGGUGAUUCACUGUAGUGGCUACCUGAAGAUCCGUCAGUACAGCCUGGACAUGUCUCCGUUUGAUGGCUGCUAUCAGAACGUCGGGCUGGUGGCCGUUGGUCACUCUUUACCACCCAGUGCGGUGACUGAGAUCAAACUGCACAGCAACAUGUUCAUGUUCAGAGCCAGCCUGGACAUGAAGCUCAUCUUCCUCGACUCACGGGUUGCAGAGCUGACAGGCUAUGAGCCUCAGGAUCUAAUUGAGAAGACUCUCUAUCAUCAUGUUCACAGCUGUGACUCCUUCCACCUGCGCUGUGCACAUCACUUGUUGCUGGUGAAAGGUCAGGUCACCACUAAGUACUACCGAUUCUUGGCCAAACAUGGUGGCUGGGUCUGGGUUCAGAGUUAUGCAACCAUAGUACACAACAGCCGUUCCUCCAGACCUCACUGCAUCGUCAGUGUUAACUAUGUUCUCACGGAGACGGAGUAUAAAGGCCUCCAGCUUUCUCUGGACCAGGUCACGACCAAGGCCUCUUUUCCCUACAGCAGCAGCACAGCCAGCAGCCUGACAGAGAACUGCAGAACCCCCAAGAGCAGAUUAUCCCGGCCCAAAACCAAAGCUAGACUCUCGCCCUACACACAGUAUUCUAGUUUCCAGACAGAGCGGUCAGAGUCGGACCAGGACAGUCCCUGGGGGGGCAGCCCCCUCACUGGCUCAGCCUCCCCUCUGCUGAUGGAGCAGAGUGAAGGCCUGGAUGCCUCGUGUGUGUACAAGCAGUUCACUGAUAAUCGCCCACUCUGCUACAGUCUGUCUGAAGAGCAGCAUCACACCACCAGCGACAGCCACGCACACCUCCACACGCAUGCUCAUGGUCAGAGCUGUGAGAGGGGUCGAUGUGAGGCGGGGCGGUAUUUUCUAGGAGCACCUCCUCCAGGCAGGGACACAUGGUGGGGUAGCACCCGGUCCAUCCUGCCCUUAAGUAAGGGCUCCUUGGAGAACCACGAGGGCUAUGAGAGCAGCAUGCCACACAUCACAGCCAUCAACAGCUACAAUGGCCGGGGCCACUGGGACGAGGACAGUGUGGUCAGCUCUCCAGAUGCUGGCUCAGCCAGUGACUCAGGGGAUCGAUACCGAGCCGACCACUACCGCUCCAGCCCGCAGGAACCCAGCAAAAUUGAGACACUGAUCCGAGCCACGCAGCAGAUGAUAAAGGAGGAAGAAAGUCGACUUCAGCUGCGCAAGGGUCCUCCAGAUGGCCCUCUGGGGCCAGCCAAUGGACUGCCUAAGGGCCCUGGUCUGUGCUUUACUCCUGAGUACACUCAAGGGCCCCUGCCGCUACAGACCGUGGUGUGUCGAGGUUUGAGUCAGGUGAUCAGCCCUGCGCCUAGCCCCGCCCCCCUAUCCAGGCUCAGCAGUCCAGGGUCUGAGCGCCUCCACAAACCCAAAGACUACCUCCAGACAGACCUGUCCCCACUGUCUUUGCCUUUACACCACCCUUUCAGUCGGCCGGGCACAUGCUCGGCUCCCCCCACCCCAGCCCCCGCCCUCUACCCCGCCCACACCCACCCGCGGCCCUACUUGGACAAGCAUACAGCCUACUCCCUGACAGGCUACGCUCUGGAGCACCUCUAUGACCCAGAGAGCCUCCGGGGUUACUGCACCUCUACCAGCACCGGCCCCACCCACUACGAUAUGACCCCUCACCUCCGCAUACCGGCAGAACAGACCCCCGGACACAAAGGCACCUCUGUCAUUAUCACUAAUGGCAGCUAACAGUCAUGUAACAUACUGGGACUGGAGUCACAAAGCCUGAGCUGGUUAGCCCUGUAUAACAUGUCGCCAUGUCAUUCUGGAUCCUCUUAGCUUAUUUUUCCAUCAUACUGAUCAAUUGUGAUUAGAGUCUCAUUUGUUGCUUCGGUACAGAGCUGCAGUUCAGCUACACAUCCAUCCUUCUCAAACUUCAGUUUUUACAAAGUCGGCAAAAGAAUAUGCUAAUCACUGCAUGUUUCUCUGAGCAAGUGCCAAGUGAAUAUUGUUGAGAGAACCACAACAUGCCACAGACUACAUUUAUAUGACUUUGAUUAUAUAUUUGUCUCUGUAACUCUGUCCACAUGCAUUGUGUAGUAGAGUUCUUCACAGAUCCAAAAUUUGGACUGAUCUGAAUUGGACCAAUUCAUAGAUUCAUUUUCAAAGAAGUGAGACCCGAUCCGAAAAAUAGUCAGACCUGAUCUGAAUAGCCCCAAGGAAAAUUAGAUCUGUUCUGAAAUGUGGUUGACCCAAACAGACCCAAAUAGAAAGAGAACACCAACACUGGUAGCAGCAUGAUGCUCCAUCAGUUAACCAGAGAGUCAGGAGUAGCUGAUAGAAAGUCUGCUUGGAACCGCUUAGGUAUUAGAUAUAUUUACACACAGACCUAAGAUCCAAUCUGAUUAAAUUUAACAUAUUUUGGACCUCAACCCGACAUGGUCUUGAGUACUAAGAACCGAGUGAACCCUUAAAGACCUGUACUGUGUAUUCUUUAUGUCAGCUUCCAUUUGAAUUCUUUAUGUUUCAUUCUUUCUGGCAGAGCAGAAACAUGUCAGGAUGGUCAGCAGCAACAUGCAAAUACAAUGAGCAUCAUGCAAGAACCACUCAUAUGAAUAUAUUUGUUCUUAAGUGUCACGUCUUAAGUGACCUGUCAUACAACUCAUGAACAGACAGUCUGACUUUCUUCACGGGGCUAAACACACUAGUUUGACCUGAAAUCUUAAUGCCUUAAUAAGCUGAAAUAUGAUAUCUGUUCACCAUGUCAUCGUCACCAUGGUUGCCAAUUUACUGAGAUAUUUUUUAGGUAUGAUGAUUUUUAUUGUCAUAUUUCAGCACAGAAGCUUCUACAUUUCAGUAGUAGUUGUAAACAGCUGGCUUUACACUGUGUCUGCACUGAAAGCUUCUCAGCUGUGUUUUUCAGCGUGAGUAUACAUGUUAAUUAAUACAGCUGUCAACACAGCCCAUGUAACAGCGUGUGUGUCAUGCACGCUAUAUGUACGUAACCAUGACUCAAAGUAUAUUUUCAGGCUUCAAGUCUAUUUUCCUCAGUUUUACGCACUCAGUCAUUGUGUAUUGGACUCUGAGCACUUCCAAAACGUGGGUACCUACACUCAACACUGUACCUGAACGCCUCCUGUGUAGACACACACUCGCUACUGCUGCUGCUGCUGCUGUAACAUCUCCUACUGUAGGCUAUAAUAUUCUCUCCUCUUAUAUCUCUGUGACUGUCACAUGACCACUUCUCAUAUUAGUCAUGGAGGACUUUGCAUUAGAAAGACAUUUUUUUAAACAAUUAACGUCACAUACAGCGCUGCUCUGAUAACAUGUCAUUGACCUCUUUUCUAUUAACAUUUCAACUAGGCUACUGACAACAAUAAAUUUGUCAUUUUUUUGUCUGAUUUCUGACAAAAGGACAUGAAGCUCUGCGGUGUGAAAUUCUUCUUUUUACUCUUUGGGAACAUUUUGUGAAUGAAACUUGCCUAUAAACAGAGCCUUAUAUGGCAAUUUUAGGUGUGUUGAUUAGAACUUUCACACCCUCAUGAACAGGUGACAUUCAUCAGGCUGAAACGAGCAAAUUACAACAAGUUGGAACACUCGUAUGAGCACACUUCACAGAAAAAAGAGCUUUAGAAGAAGAAUACGAAAAUGUUGCUGGAAACAUUUUAGUCAUCUCUCCACAUUGGAAAAAGUGUGCAAAAAGUGUUUAUGUGAAAACUCAAAAUGUACAUAAAAAAUGUUGAUGGAAAGAUACCUAAUGAUAUGACACUAGUAGUUAGACAGAUGUACGUUUGACCAGCAUCUCUUCAUGACUGCUGUUACAGCUCUCAGGCAAACAGAAAACAGAAAGUGAUCGAGAAACAUUUAAAACAGCAGUAAAACUGUACAGUACAGCACAUCCUUUUUCUGCCAGCGUCUUAUCAUAGACUGAGUGUUUAUUGGUUUGAUUUUCAGAGCGUCCAUUGGUCAGUUGAAUUUCAGGGCUACAACAGGGAAAGCAAAACACACUACAAGUCACACUCAAGUGAAUUUUGAUCAAUCAGUAUGAUGGAAAAAUCUGGAAAACAGGUCAGAGUAGAAAAUGGCUGCAGGUCUGCUUUAACAUCCAUCCCUGACUGCCUCUCUUCCAGGUGUCCAACUAUUCCAUCACUUUUGGUUUUACUGAGCUGUGUAACCUUUUGCACUAUAAGAGAUGGAGUUUUUGUGGAGAGGUCUCCUUGUUUUUCAAUGCAUUUGGAUGAGGUGAAACGACAGGGUCGGGUGUGGUGCACUUUGUAGUGAUGCAGAUGAAACCUCUUACAGUGAAAUGAAGAGUAUGACAUUUGAAACUUCACAAACUAAUAUGCAAAGCCAUUCUUCUGAUGUUUUCUUAUCUCUCUGUUUUGGUAUCUUGCAGGAAAGUACAUUCAGUAAAGACAAACACAGUUACAUUCAUGACUCUCAUGCGUACAUGGUUAAUACGAUUGUACAGUGAGAACCAUGGAUACUAAUUGGAUUGUUGGAAAUAUUUUAAUGGGUGGCACAUGAUGUCUGCUGCUUCAGAACAUGUUCAGUGAUCAUGGUGGAGGGGAAAUGAUGAUUGACAGGAUAACAAAAGGACCUAAUAUAUUUUCUACAACAUUCUGUUCAUUAGAAGCGUUUUCUCAUAGGAACUGACAGACUGUACUUUUUACAUCCUGAUAGGUGUUGUAAUCAUUUCUGAGUGAUCGCAGGAAGACUGACACUUGUCACCAUAUGCAAUUUGACCUGUUAGAAUGCCGGGUAAGACAGCUUAAUUGCAUUCAUUAUGAUGAAUCCCUGAAGCAAAUGCUAAUUAUUGUUAUGUGGGCAUGUUUGUACAACAGGAUUUAAUUUUUCUCUUGGAUUUUCUUCUUUAUGUCCUCUUCAGUCCUUAGAUGAACCUAUAUUUAUACAAGUUUGGAUUUUGUUUUGUUUUGUCAAAGGCUGAAAUGUGCUCCAUCUCUUAAAGUUAUUUAUGGUGUCCUGUAAAUAUGCUCAGAAAAGGAAAAUCCCACCACAUUUAAGCACAUGGGCAAAACUGUAUUUAUUGAGUAAAUGUUUCUUUAUGAUUUUGAAAUAUAGCUGCAAUCAAAUCCAGUCUAAGUGCUUGUAUAUUGAGUGUGUUUUUGACUGAGGCAAAUUCUAAA